AUGGAACGAGACGAUGGUGCGACGGGAUUUGUUGAACUAGAGCGCCGGCUACAGGAGGUGAAAGCCCGGCUCCUAGAGCUUCCCCAAGCAUGUGCCGAACCUCCCGAAGGGGUGUGUGAACUGCCGCAAGAACGAGUGGACGCGCACCCCACGGGAGCAGAGGAAGGCGCACAGGAUGAGGAGGAGUCCCUCUUCCCGCUGUUCAAAGUGGAAGAAGUAAAGGUCACCACACCCUCCGAGACACCGGAAACAUCCGUAGCGGCAUUUGAGUUUAGGGAUGAGUCACAGCUUGUUGUUGUGAAGCAUCAGUUUAAGCUUCUGGGGAAGGGAGCAAAUUCAGUUGUGUAUCUCGGAACUAUCUCCAGACCCACUGAUGGCUGGAAGGAACACCAUGUCGCUGUGAAGGCAACUCGGCUGCAACUGACCAGAGCUGAGGAGAUUGAUAGGUUGAUAGCCAUUGUGCGUUUGUGGCGCAGUAUCGCACACCCCGGAUUUGUUCGAUGCUAUUACACCGGGCUUUUUCCAGCAAAUGGCACGAAGGAUGGAAGAAUCGACAUGUACGCCGCGUUGGAGCUCGCUUCCGGCGGGACCUUGGAUGCCCUCCUGAAGCGCAGGGAGAGGCUGAAUGACAGCGUUGUUCGGACAGUUCUCCUAGAUGUUCUCCGUACGCUGCAAUACAUGCAUGACGUUGUUGGCGCAGUACACAAUGACGUUAAACCCCAGAAUAUACUCCUGUUUGGGGGCGCGGGCGCCGGGGAGGUGCGAUACAAGUUGUCGGACGUGGAUUGUAUGUGCCCUUGCCUACGCUGUUUGGAAGGGAGUGGCUUGGAAGAAUGGAAAACGGUCAAGAAAGAAGGGGUGGGCAGACGGGAAGGUAUAUAUGGUACGGCACCUUACAUGUCCCCUGAAAGUUGCCGGGGUAUUCCCUUUCUAUACACCAAUGACAUCUGGUCUGUGGGCGUGCUGACGUACCAGCUAUCAACCGGGAGGUUGCCGUGGACUCCUCUGGAGUUGCAGAUCCCGUCAAUGAUAUUGCACGGCUAUCGGCAAUCCUCGUCCAACUCUUUCGGUCCCGUGUUGGACGAAUUUGACCAGGGCUCUGGGCAGAGCUAUUCUGACAAACUGAAGGAUUUUGUUACCUUGUGUCUUCUGAAGAAUUCUACUGAAAGACCGACGGCUGCUGAAUUACUUCAACAUCCCUUUCUAUCAGGAGCGAAUGCUUAG